AUGAGCUUCGAUUUCAGAAAAACGAUUUGUGCCAACCCUAUUGGCAUCAUAGAUGAUGCGCCAAAUUUCUCGGUCACUUCCUUAUCCUUAGUGAAAGAUUAUAUGGAUGAUGUUAUUCGUAGUCAAAAGAAUAGCGAAGUAGAGAAAUCCCCAUUAGACGAAAUUUUUAUCGAGGGUCUGGAUGCAAAUCAGGUCUGGCAGCAGGUUAGACUAGUUUUAGAAAGCAGCGGGUCUAAUUUGUUAGCGAAAAUCGGAUCUUUGCAUACAGAAAGUGAAAAUUUGAGCGGCAGUGACAUUGGGGCCGAAGAGAGUGAACAAGACUAUAAUACGUUCUCUAAUGAAAAUGGAGAAGAAGUUCUUGAUGAGUUUGAACAAGAUGUCCGAGAUGAUGAUGAUGAAAUUGAAGACGACGAUGAUGAUGUAGAAGUCGAGGAUGAUGAUGAAGAAGUCGAAUAUGACGAUGAGGUUCGCGUGGAUUAUAAUGGUCAUGAGGGCCAAGAAAAAGUGGAGCCGGAUGGGAGAAGGGAUGACACUACUUUGAGAAAUGCUGACUUAGAUUCAUCCAAGAUAUUUGAAAGAAAUGGUGAUCAGUUUGGGUUGAACGACGAUUUCUUUGACCUUGAUACUUUUAACAAGCAAACUGCCGAAGCCGAAAACGAAGUUGAUGGAGAGGAUUCAAUCAACUUUUUUGAAGAUGUAUCAUCUGAAGAGGACGAGGAAGCAGAAUACUAUGAGGAUUUCUUUGAUCCUCCCACUUUUUCAAAAGAAGGACAUCAUUCAAACGAGAAUUUUAUUGGGAGCAACGACAAAGAACAGUAUUCGGAUGAUGUUAGUGUAAACUCCGAUGCUGAAUACGACCGCGCUAUGGAAUCUGCUAAGAUGGAUCUAUUUGCUGAUGCUGAUGAAGAUGCUACUGAACAAAACGACAACGACAACGAGAAACUGUCUACAUUCCAACGUCAACAGCUCGACAUUCAGAGGCAGAUUGCUCAACUUGAAAAGGAAGCCAUAGCCGAAAAAAAAUGGGCCCUCAAGGGUGAAGUGAAGGCCAACGAUAGACCUGAUGAUGCUUUACUCACGGAGGAAAUUGACUUUGAGAGAACCUCCAAGCCUGUACCCGUCAUAACCGCGGAGAUGACUGAAUCUCUCGAAGACAUGAUACGCAGAAGAGUUCUCCAGAACGAAUUUGACGACCUUGCUAGAAGGGUUAUGACAAAUGCCACCUUUUCGAAAAACAGGCCCCAAUUUGAGCUCAGUGAUGCGAAAUCUACCAAAUCUCUUGCAGAGCUCUAUGAAGCUGACUACGAAGGCGCUCCACAGGUGGCAGAUCUGUCGGAAGAGCUCAAGCACGCUCAUGAUGAGAUUUCAGAGCUCUAUAAAGAUCUUGUUUACAAGUUGGAUGCUCUUUCGUCUGCGCACUUUGUCCCCAAGCCAGCCCAAAAGCAACUUGAGGUGAAAGUCCAAAGUGCGGCCAUCAACAUGGAAGAUUCUCAGCCGCUCACCAUGUCCACAGCUCCUACAUUGGCGCCCCAGGAAGUUUACAACCCAGGCGCCUCCCGAGGGAACAGUGAAAUUUCCUUAAAGAAUGGGGUGGUGAUGUCGAGAGAGGAGCUAUCGAGAGAGGAUAAAAAUAGACUAAGACGUGCUUUGAAGAGAAAGAGAUCCAAACAUCUGGCUUCUAAAAAGAGUGGGCCACAGAAAAAGAGCAAGAAGAGUGACGUUAUAGAUACACUAUCACAAGCGAGAAAUGUGACGAUCAUAGACAAGAAGGGUAAGCAGGUGGAUGUCAAAGGUAAUGUUAAAAAGUUUAGUACGCCAGAAAGUCAAAAUUUCAAACUUUAG